ACGACGCUCGCCUCGGACGCAACUCCUUGAACCAUUUAUGCUUCUUUAUGUGGUCAUGAUGCCAGAAGAUAUUAGAAAGGAUGAACUGGACACAUCCACGAGGCCAAGCAAGCGGCCAAGAAUGAUGGGCUUUGCGGACGGCUUCGUUAAAGAGAAAGCGUCGGUGAAGAUCUCCACACCGAAAUUCGUGUCUGCUUUCGACAGCCUUGGACCCUCCACAUCGGCAGGAACAUCCUCACGACUAAAACCCUCUGUUAAAACUCCGUCACGUCUGUCCAAUAUCUCUGUGCCUUCUCCCAAGUCACAAGCGAGUCAACUUCGUGACAAACCAGGGGACUCAUCAAGAAUGAGCAAGCUUAUUUCCGUGCGCGUCCUGAAACCACCAGCAUUUCCUGUUCCGCCUGCGAUUGAACGAACAGAAGAGGUCAGAACAACGAGAGAAAGUGGCACUAUCACGGCUCGAAGACCUGUGCUGACUGCUCCACGUAUAAGCUCAAGCAAGAAUCUGACAAGUAUUCAUCGUCUGCAGCCGCGCCCUAUCACCCCUCCCCGCGAAAAGAAGAAGAUUCUGACCGACCUUGCUCCGCCUCCCUUACCCGGAGCUGGGCCCGCCUCCGGUUCCUUGAAGUCAAUCUUUGACACCGCCGUCGCGCGCGCUACUGACUUUCGCUCAGAGAGUGGACAAGCCGAGGUGCUUUCAAUAUACCUGCAGCAGCAUGGACACGGAUUCGUGGAUCCACAUGAACGCGAGCUGCAGCGUGGUCUUGAACAGAGCCCCGAAAAAGCCUCGAAGCGUACCAAGGCGGCGAAGUAUGCGAGAGGUGGCCUAGCUCAGAGGGCAAGCGUGCAAUUCUCUCAUCGUCGGACGGCACUUUCCUUAUGGCAAUCGUCGUUGGAGCUGGAGAUGCGCUCUGGCAGGGCUCUAGUUCCCGACAUGCAUCUGCGUGUCACUUCAGUCAGAUACUCUGCGAACCCUGCCGACCAUCAACGCACGUCUCACGCGCCUUGCGUGGCUCUCGUCCGUUGUCGUGUGGUGUCUGCACGCAAAGAAGAGGAUGUCACUGUCAUGCUCAACUUCGAUGGCGUAGGAUCACGCGCGACGCCGUUCAACAAGGUAUCGGAGCUUCAGGAUGGCCGGGAAGUCUACGUGUGGCGACCUUGGAAUAGCAUAACGAUCCCGUCGGCUUUUUCACUUCCUGGAGGCACGGAAUGUGACAACAUCAUGUUCUGCUCCCGAUUCUGGCUCAAGCCGGCUUGACUCUGGCCUGAUUGUUUCCCGUGUCUCUAUGUUCUGUCCUGUUUCCUUGGAUCUAUACCGUGUCCGAUGUACUUGUAGCAUGUGGCAGCCGAUAAAUAGCAACUUUGCCAACGCUUCGGUCACGGUCACGUGCCCAGACUCAUCGCGUCCCCUGCGAUGCGGUGCACGUCCUUGAACUUUGUGCCACACGAGAGUCAAGGUGAUUUAUUGGCCCUCACCUGUGGAUAGACAAUUCUACAUUGUCUCGUUCCUCUCCCCCCAACGCAAAAAAGCAUUC